AUGAACCAGGCGGCUUCGGCCUCGGUCGUCGGCUGUAUUGUCAAUCGGCCAGCUGCUGCAUCUCCUGCCCGUCGCGUCGCCUCGGCCACGAUGUAUGCCGCGUGCCGGGCCAUGACGUCGAACAAGUACGUGAUGCUGGCUGACGAGCCUGUCAUCAUCGGUCCGGUCAAGAACAGCUAUAUGUAUGGUUUGGGGAAAGAUGGCGCGUUAGACGUCGAGCUCAUACUCCUUGCCGUUAACCACCAGCCCCUUGCUGGUUGCCUUUUGCACCCCGUGGUCCUCGGUCUGCACGAGCGUGACGUUGUCCCGGUUGAAGAUGUGCAGGUACUCGUCGUGGAACGUCGGCCUCUUGCACCAGACGGGAUACCACGCCUUGAGCGCCUCGGCCGUCUCCUUGUUCUUGGUCACGACCUGGUCGACCCGCUGCCUCGCCCGCUCCGACACCGGCACGUCGCGCAGCAUCAUGCUCUGGACGUACUCGGGGAUCUUCUCCAGCGGCAGCGGGUGUUGGGCAUGAGGGCCGCCGGUCGUCACCCUAUACGUGUCCAGUUUGGUCCAGCCGUCGUCGACCAGGUCUUCUGUCAUGUCGGGUUCGCGGGCCAUGACGCCCGAGAAAUUGGCAUUGCGUGCCGUCCACCACCCAGGCCCCGUGGCGACCUUUUCCUUCCACUCCUCGGGGUCGAUCUCCUUCUGGCCCCGUUCGUGAAUGGCCGACGGGGUACGUUGAAAGACAAAGAGCUCCCCGGCGCACUUGGCCAGCGCCGACGCGCACUGCACACCGGUGGCCCCCGUGCCGAUGAACCCCACCCGCUUGCCCUGCAGCUUGUCGCAGAACGGAUCCCCCGGCUGACCGCCCGUGACGUCGUACUUCCACCGGGCCGUGUGCACCGUCUGGCCCUCAAAGUCCUCCAGCCCCUCGAGCUUGGGCACCUUGGGGUGGCACAGGACGCCGUUGGCCAGCACGACGAACUGGGCCGUCACGGUGAGGUCGACGGGGUCUGCUGCCGGCCCACGGUCGGUCGUCAAGCGCACCACCCACCGCCUCCGGCCGUCGUCCCAGGCAAAGCUCGUAGCGGCCGUUCUGAAAAGCGCCCUGUCCCUCAGCCCCCACUUCUCAGCGAUGCGCACGGCGUGCAGCCGGAUCUCCUCGCCGCGCGAGUAGCGGUGCGUCGGGACGUAUCCCGUCUCCUCCAGCAGCGGCAGGUAGAUGCUGGCUUCGGAAUCGCACUGCAGGCCGGGGUACCUGUUCCAGUACCAGGUGCCGCCGACGUCGCCGGCCGCGUCGACCAGGCGAACGUCGUCGGCCGAGAACCCGGCCUCGAUCAGACGCACGGCGUGUACGAGGCCGCAGAAGCCCGCACCCAUGACGAGGAACUUGACGUCGUCGCCAUCCUUGAGCGGCGGGGCCGUCGCGUUGAGCGCCUCGUGGUCGACCCACGGGUCGUCAAUCAGGUGCGCGAGGUGGCGCGACGACUUGCGUGCCGCUUCGUCCUCCUCGAGGUCCACGUACUGCUCGCCGCCGUCCUCGCGCCGCCGUUUUUGCGCCUCCUCCUGGUAUCUCUGGUGGAUGGCGGCGAUGUCGGGCUGUGCAAUGUCGCCGUCGGUGGUGGGGGCGAUUGGGUGGCCGUUCAAGCCAUUUUCUGCGAUUGCUGCGUUGCUCGCAUCUCCUACCGAUCCGGCGUCCUAUGCUACUCUGUGCCGUCUCCACAGAUGUGCAAGGAGCCAAUCAAUCGCUCGGGGUCGUGGUAA